AUGGGCUGGUCGGGCUUUGCACGAAUUGAUGGCGUAACUUGGCAAUGGAUGGGACAGUCACCAAUAGGCAACAGCACAACCCUACUAAGUUCAGAAAUUACACCAACCUCCACCAGAUUUUCCGUCCUCGCCGGUUCCGUGUUGUUCAACUUGACUUUCCUUAGUCCAAUUGAGCCUUCAGACUGGGUCAAACAGUCCUUACCAUUUAUUUAUCUUUCUCUCGAAGCUGAAUCUAUCGAUGGCCAAGCGCAUGAUGUACAAGUUUAUAGCGACAUUAGCGCAGAGUGGAUAUCCGGCAACCGGGGUCUGGUCGCGACUUGGCAGACAACACAGACCGAUUCAUCUGUAUAUCAUCGAGCCCAGUUGCAAUCGCCUGAAUAUAUGACUGAAAUCAAUAACAUUGCUGAAGACAGCACGGUGUACUACUCAAUGCAAACAGUGACUCAGCUGACAUACCAAACUGGUCAAGAUAGUGUGGUCCGCGGUCAAUUCCAAAGUAAAGGUUCUUUAACAAACCAACAAGACACCAACUUUCGCGCAAUCAAUAAUGAUUUCGUCGUGCUGGGCAUAUCGGUAGACCUUGGCACGAACACGAACUUUCUGACUCCCGUUGUGUGGGGUCUUGGCCUUGUUCGUGAUCCUGUCAUCGAAUACACCGUCUCUGCCGGUAGCACUAUAACUCAAAAUCGGAGUUCAUACUUCUGGACAGAGUUUGACACCAUUUCGGAUGCUUCCCUAACACGAUCAUCAUUUGUUCAGAUCGACAGUUUCCUAGCAGAUUAUUCGAAUGCGACUGACAGAGCUAACAAACUCGACCAACAAAUCAUGAAUGCCGCACAAGCUGUGUCUUCUGAGUAUGCGGACCUUGUUGCCUUUGGGACUAGGCAGGCAAUGGCCAGUUCAGAUAUCACAGUGGCUAAGAACUCUGAUGGGACAUAUAACACCUCGGAUGUGAAGGCGUUUCAGAGGGAUACAGGGAUUGGGCAACGGGUCAAUGCGGUAGAAACGCUGUUCGCGACGAUGCCGAUUCAUCUAUAUCUCAAUGCUUCGCUACUGGGGAUUCAUUUAGAUUCGUUACUUCAGUAUCAGUCCUCUGGUUAUGCAAACGCCUAUGCUGCACCCGAUCUUGGGAAUGCUUAUCCGUUAGCAAGUGGCGAUGCCUUAGACACUCAUAGCAGAGGGAUCGAAGACACGGGAAACAUGCUUAUCAUGACCUUGGCUCAUGCACGAACCACAGGAGACGGUACUUUGAUCAAGAAAUAUUAUAACCUUCUGAGUACAUGGGCGGAUUACCUUGUAUCAAACGCGCUAUAUCCCAACGGACAUCAGGCCAUGGGCAACACCGCGGCUGCACAGCAGUAUCAGGUGAUUACAACCGUCAACUUUUGUGAUAAUCUUCAAAUAUCGAAUCCUUUCAUUGCACAGGCGAAUGCAACGACCUAUGUCAAGCUAUGGGAAAGUCUAGCUUCAAGCUCCGGACAUCUUCUGCCAACCUACGAGGACGCCUCUUCAUCCGACUUUGCGCUGAUGUACAAUAUGUAUGCCGAUACCUUGCUCAAAACAAAUCUAAUAGACCAAAGUGUAUGUAUACCUCUCUCAUCCGCCGCGAUCUACUCCUCUCAAGCUUCAUAUUAUAGCAACCUCACGCAAUUAGCGGGCAAGUUUGGUCUCACUUACGAUAACACCAAUUCCAAUAAGCAAGCAAACUCUGCGUGGACUUUGUUCACUGCCGGAUCGAUUGCUUCUGUCAGUUCUGUGACGCAGAAUCAGCUCAUUGAUAUGGUUCAUACACGAGCAGGCUUUAAUCAGACGACAGGAGACUUCCCGCUGAUAUACGACGAUCAAACAGGGAACUCUUCGACGACUAAUGGACUCGCGAGUCCUGGUCAAGGCGCCAUGUUCGCUCUUCUUGCUCUAACGUAA